AUUAUUCAAUAUUCAUUAUUUUCAUUCUAACGCGUGGUUCUGAAUCAAUUAAAUAAUCUAUAACAUUUACUACAGUUUUGUGUUUAUUAAUUUUGUUGUUGUCUAUAUUCAACAAUAACUAUGACGAGGAAACUAAAUACGUUACACAAAUAUAUAUUUUCAAUAUUUUUUGUAUACGCGUUCGUCAGCUCAUGGAUAUUGCCAAUAGAAUCAGCAAGAAUAUUAGCCAUAAACUCUAUUGCUGGCAGAAGUCAUUGGAAUUACGUUAGUUCUGUUAUUCGUGUCUUGUCAAAAAAUGGCCAUAAUGUUACUAUGUUUACACCAUUUCCUGAAGGCAACCGAGACAACUAUACGGAAAUAGAUACAUCUAAUGAUCAUAACGAAUUCAAAGCUAUGGAUUUGAUCUCUACAAUGGAUUUAUGGGGACAUCCCUUAUCGUUUUUUAAAUUUUUGAGGACUAAUCGUAACUUAAUGUGUGAUAUAGUGUAUGAAAAUGAUCAGUUAAAAAAAAUAAUAGAAAAUAAUGAGGGUUCUAAUUUUGACUUACUCAUAAUUGAAAAUGUGGGACACGAUUGUGAUCUGUAUUUGGCUAAUAAGUUAAACUUGCCAUUCAUUUAUUUGAUUUCGUCUCCAAUGAUAACAUUCGCAGAACGUUCUGUUUCCGGUGACAUCCCUAAUCCAGCAGUAAUUUCCCAUUUAUAUGCUGAUCAUUGCAUUCCUAAGACAUUGGUACAAAGAUUUUCAAACACUUUACUAUUAGGAUACAAUAUGAUCCUUUUAAGUUAUGACAAAUUCAUUCGAAAGUUUACGAUGAAUAGACCAUAUGAUUUGGAAACGAGUACUAAACAACCAUCGCUGUCAUUUGUAAACAGUCACUUUAUUAGCGAGCCUUCAAGACCGUUUCCUCAAAACCUCAUCGAAAUCGGAGGCAUACAUUUGAAACCUCCAAAGAAAAUACCAAAUGAUAUAUUAGAAUUUAUUGAAAAUUCUCCUCAAGGGGUAAUUUUGUUGACUUUGGGUUCAGUUGUUAAUAUGUCUACAUCACCUGAUUAUAUACUAAAUCCAUUGAAGGAAGCAUUAGCCGAAGUUCCUCAAAGAAUAUUAUGGAAAUAUGAAGCAGAAUAUAUGGUGAAUAAACCAAAAAAUGUCAUGAUAAGAAAAUGGUUACCUCAACGAGAAAUUCUAUUGCACCCCAAAGUGAAAUUAUUCAUCAGUCACGGAGGUAUGUCGGGAGUGUAUGAAACAGUGCAUGCUGGAGUACCAGUUCUUGGAUUUCCAUUAUUUUACGAUCAACCAAGAAAUAUUGCUAACUUGGUUAAUGCUGGAAUGGCCAUAUCAAUGGAUAUUUUAACAGUGAAAAAAGAUGCAUUUUUAAGAAAUAUAUUGGAACUAGUAAAUAAUAAAAAGUAUAAGCGAAACGCUGAAAUCGCUUCCGAUAUAUUCAAAAACCGACCGAUGUCCCCGGAACAGUCAGUACUUUACUGGACUGAAUAUGUAAUUCGUCAUAAAGGUGCCCCUCAUUUGAAGACUCACUCACUUAAUUUAACUUGGUAUCAAUACCUUUUAUUGGAUAUAAUCGCUGUUAUUAUAGUAUUUAUUUGCAUUUGUUUAUUUUUAUUAUAUUUAUUGAUAAAAAUGUUUCAUAAACAUAUUUUAAAAAAUGUGUUAAAUACUAAAGCAAAAUCUGAAUAGGUUAUAAUGUAUAUUUUAUAGUUUUGAUAUUAAGUAUUUAUAGUUUUACGGUUAAAAUAAUGUGAUUUCUAUAAAUU